CUUUUUCUGUUUUUCUUUCUAUUUUCUAUCAUUUAGACCAGCAUUUCAUUCCUUUUUACAUCAUCAUUCAUAUAUAUUACUAUACUCUUAAUCCAUUUGCAUUGUCUGUAUCCACUGCUAUUCUCAGCAUUUUUUCCUCAACACGUACACCAUAUAAUACAGCAUUUACACGUUUUUUUGUCUUUAUAUUCCUUGCUUAAAAUUUUCGCUCUGCCUUCAAUACUGUAAUUCUACCACUCCAAAUAUAAUUCCUUUGUUUAUUUUAUCCUUGAUAUAAGUAUUUGCAUAUUUAAGGAAAAUAAAAAUAAAUGUCGCCGACAGAAGACUCGAUCGAUCAGCAUCACCUAGAUGCUUCCAAUAAUUACACUACAACUCCAGCAACGGAGCUCCCCUCCACACUAGCCAUGACCUUUGAGAAUCCUUCCUCUGCAAGUCUUGCCGUAUCUUCCGGCAUCACUCACACGGAGCCUUAUCCUCAACACGAUCUUGAACGCCAGUACUCGCAUCAUUCUCAUCAUUCAAAGCGAUCACAUUUCUCUAAUCGUUCAAGGCCCAAGGUCCCCUCCGUGAUCUCUGAGAAGCUUGAGCCCAAAGAUGAAGGGGACCAGGCAUCGACUGAUAUUGAAGAUGGCGAUGAUGUUAAUCAAAUGCCCGAUCCAGCCAUGGAGGGCAAAUUGCUCGACUAUCCCGAGGGUGGCUUUGGAUGGUUAGUUGUGCUUGCAUCUUUUGUAGUCAAUUUUUGGGCGUUCGCACCUAAUAUCACGUUUGGUGUCUACCAAGCCCAUUUCUUGAAGGAAAACACUUUCCCAGGAGCCGUUGCAACUCAAAUCUCAUGGGUCGGUAGUAUCGGUACCGCAGCCAUGUUCUUACCAGGGCCCUUCGUAGCGCCUAUGACUCGGCGUAUUGGCCUUCGAGCGGUUGUAGCUGUCGGAAUUGCGAUUGCAUCCUUAGGCUUCAUUUUGGCCAGUUUUGCUACCCAGCUCUGGCAUUUAUAUUUGACACAAGGCCUCAUGUUUGGUGUAGGUGGAGGACUGGUAUUCUUCUCUUCUAUUUCAGUCACGGCACAAUAUUUUGAGAGACGACGUGGAUUGGCCAACGGCAUUGCAGUUGCUGGAUCGGGUAUUGGAGGAUUGGCUUUAGCACCGCUUACAAGGGUUCUAAUCGCGAGUGUAGGGAUCCAAUGGUGUCAACGGAUUAUUGGAUUUGCAGUGUUGGGCUUCAUGGCUGCCAUUUUUGUAUUCAUUCGACCCAGAGUCAAGACGGUAAAGAAGGGUCCCAUCUUUGAUCUGUCGCUAUUCAAAGCUCCUGGAUUCACCAUGUUACUCCUAACUGCAUUCGUUGUUACUUUCGGCUACAUGGUUCCCAUCUUCUUGAUUCCAACCUACUGUCAAACCGAACUCAAUCAACCACCAGCUACUGGGGCCAAUUUGAUCAGCAUGUUUUCGGGUAUUAAUGCCGCGUCAAGAAUUAUUUUGGGUGUUGCUGCUGACAAACUCGGACGAACCAAUACAUUAUUUACAUGCUGUUUCAUGGCAGGACUCUCAUGUCUCGCUAUCUGGAGCGUGGCUUCGAAUCUUCAAAUUUUGACUGGAUUCAUGGUUGCAUAUGGUCUCUUCGGUGGAGGAUUUAUCAGCAUCUUCCCUGUUGUUGUUGCACAAGUUGUAGGUGUCGAGCGUUUAUCAUCUGCGCUCGGAAUUCUUUACUUUGGAAACGUUGUUGGUAACUUGCUCGGUGCCCCAAUUGCUACUGCCAUUAUGCGCGCUCAAGGCGGCAAGUACCUUGGAGCGAUCAUGUGGGCAGGAAUUACGCCUGUCGUUGCUGCAUUCUUUGUGCUCUUCAUUCGCUUCCGUAUUAAUAAGAAGUUCUUCGCCAUUGCUUAAAGCAAGAAGCCAUAAAAAGUUAGACUCCUUUCAUCAUUUAUCACUUUAUACAUUUUCCUCAUUUUCCUGCAUACUAUGUAAAAUAUUAAAAAAUGGUAGAUUGCAUUGUUCACAAUAGUAAUAAAAAUUACAAAUUACUCCGUCC